CGCACACCCGGCCGUGGUCCCAGGGGAGUCACUCGCGCUAUGGCCGGGCUGGCUGUCUCCAUAGCCUGCUUGCUGACGGUCUUCUUCCUACCGGCGCUGGGCGCCUUUCACGGCAAUUCUUCUUCCCCGGAGGACUUGCCUCUUAUUCUCGGCUUCCGGCUGGAGAGCAGCGACCAUAAGGCUGAGCUGUCCGCGGCCGGGGAGCUGGAGGUGAGGGAGGGCAGUAAGCUCCAGCUCCGCUUCUACGGACUCUACCUGCGGCCCGACAGCGGCCACCUGAUCGCUUUCACCGAGGUGUCGGCGGGCCCGCAGGACAACCGGAGCUGCGUGGAGGACACCCGGGACCUGGUGCGGGACGCCGCUGGCUUUAACGUUACUGACGAGGCCGAUGGGAUGGCGGCCCUGCUGCGCCUGGAGGUGCUGCCGCUGCGGAAGAGCCAGAGCUCCCGGCUGUACAUGCUGUGUACGCGCCGGGGCCCCGGCUUGCCGUGGACUCUACACCCGGGACCGGACGGGCGGCUGCGGGUGCUGGAGGAGCACAAGCCGCUGCUGCCCGUGUGGCUGCAGGGGAUCAUCAUUGUGGUGCUGCUCUCGCUGUCCGGCAUCUUCAGCGGCCUCAACCUGGGGCUGAUGGCUCUGGACCCCAUGGAGCUGCGGGUGGUGCAGCGCUGCGGCUCCGAGCGGGAGAGGAGGUACGCCUCCAAGAUCGAGCCGGUGCGCCGCCAGGGGAACUACCUGCUGUGCUCGCUGCUGCUCGGGAACGUGCUGGUCAACACCACGCUCACCACCAUGCUGGACGAGCUGAUCGGCUCCGGCCUCUGGGCUGUGGCCGCCUCCACCAUGGGCAUCGUGGUUCUGGGGGAGAUCGUGCCCCAGGCCCUCUGCUCCCGGCACGGCCUGGCUGUGGGCGCCAACACGCUGUGGCUCACCCGCGUCUUCAUGGUGCUCACCUUCCCUGUGGCCUAUCCGGUCAGCCGCCUGCUGGACUGCGUCCUGGGCCAGGAGAUCGGCACCGUGUACAACCGGGAGAAGCUGCUGGAGAUGCUCAAGGUUACAGAACCGUAUAGCGGACUGGUGCGGGAAGAGAUGAACAUCAUCCAGGGGGCUCUGGAACUCCGCACAAAGACAGUGGAGGAUGUGAUGACCAAGGUGGAGGACUGCUUUAUGCUGCCCAGUGAUGCCUUUUUAGACUUUAACACCAUGUCCAGUAUCAUGGAGAGCGGCUACACCCGUAUCCCUGUGUUUGAGAAUGAUCGCUUCAACAUUGUGGACAUCCUGUACAUCAAAGACCUGGCCUUUGUAGACCCUGACGAUUGCACCCCUCUGAGCACCAUAACACGGUUCUACAGCCACCCUGUCCACUUUGUCUUCAGUGACACCAAGCUGGACACUGUGCUGGAGGAGUUCAAGAAAGGAAAGUCGCACCUGGCCAUUGUGCAGAAGGUGAACAGCGAAGGAGAAGGAGAUCCCUUCUAUGAAGUGAUGGGCCUGGUGACCCUGGAAGACGUCAUAGAAGAGAUUAUCAAGUCAGAGAUCCUGGAUGAAUCUGAUCUUUAUACUGACAAUCGCAGUAAGAAACGCGUUGGGCGUCGCCAAGACAAGAAGGAUUUUUCAGUUUUCAAAGAUACAGAUCAUGAAUUGAGAGUUAAAAUCUCCCCUCAGCUGCUCCUUGCUGCCCACAGGUUCUUAUCCACAGAGGUGGCCCUGUUUGCACCUUCCUUGGUGUCGGAGAAGACACUUCUGCGUCUCCUGAAGUAUCCGGAUGUGGUGCAAGAGCUCCAUUUCAAUGAGGAUGACAAGAAGACGUCAGAGCAUUAUUUGUAUCAGCGCAACAAGAUGGCUGACUACUUCAUCCUGAUCUUGCAGGGGAAAGUUGAAGUUGAGGCUGGGAAGGAGAACAUGAAAUUUGAGUCUGGGGCCUUCUCAUGCUAUGGUGUCAUGGCUUUGAGUACUCCAUCAGCUAAUGCUCCUGUCCGUCCCUCCAUUAAAAGGGGGUCUCUGUUUUCGAGGUUGGCAGAGCUCCGCUCCCCAUCUCAUAUGGGCAGUCUGAACAGGUCUACAUCCCUAAGCCACGAGCGCUCAGACUCCAUCUCCUCCAACAUCAGCGGCAGCAACACGCAGCUCAGUGCCCAUGUGCAGUACACGGCAGACUUCAGUGUGCGGGCCCUCGGUGACCUGCAGUAUGUCAAGAUCACCAGAGAACAGUAUCAAGGUGCCCUGAUGUCUUCCCGUAUAGAUAGUAGUCCACAUUCGCCCGAGGGAGGAAACCACAAACCGGACAACACCUUGUCGGAGCGCAGCGAGGUUUUGGUGGAUGAAACUACCAGUCUCCUGAACCAAAGGAACUCUCAGCACAGCUUACACCAUAACGCGGUUUGACAGCACAGUCUGCCCUGACGGAGCGCUGCUCCACUCGUACUUUAUCUGUCUAGACAAACCGCGAUAUCUUACUGGACACAGAGUGGCAAUACACUGCAUGCAAAGCUUUAUCUUCCAUGGGUCAUCCAGCAGACGGCCAGAAAGCCCUGGUGUCUGCGGAGCUGCACUCUUCAUGCCUGGUGGGAGACUGUUUUGCAGGAGCAUUAUAUAUUUUUUUUUAUAUCUAUUAUUUUAGGAUGCUCUCCAGAUCUUCUGCAGGGGAUAAUAUUAAGCAUGGUUCUGCAAGCUUCAGAGAAGAAACAGGAGAUCACAAGGCUACCAAAGGGGAUCUGGCAGGGCAAGGCUCUGCAAUAAUAUGGGAAAAGCGUGAUGCUGGGUCAAGCAUCAUCUCAGGGAAGGAUUUCUACAUGUGCACUGGUGACCCCCAAAUUGAAAUAGGGGAUCGAUUUUGUCUGUCUUCCUGCGGGGAAUGGGUAGCAUUCAGUCUUCCUUUAUGUGGGCUUUGUACCCACAGAUUGCCCAUUCUUCCACCACCCACCUGUCUGUCCUUACAGUGGGUAACUAGUGGUCUUGACUGUUCAGCACUAUAGCUCCUGCCAAGUUACCUGGGUAUUACAGCAAGCAGUGUUAUUGUCCAGGACUCCAUAGACCUGCAAUAAUACAGGAGUCUUGCUCCAUUAUUAAGCAGUUAUCAGUGUUGGUAAAAAAAAAAAAAAUUGUUCACGCCACUUUCCAUCAGUGUUUUGGCCAUGCUUUCUUUGGGCUGGGGUUCGGGGUUUAUACGUAAUCGGUACAUAAUCUGGCUGUGAGAAGAGAGCCUACCACCGGUGGUGUAUCCAGACCUCCGCAUUACUGACCAGGGUCUAUGAUCUGUAUGGAUGGUGUCUGUGCUCGCAGCAGAAGCCUUCCCAUAUGCACCUUCUAUACCUAUAAAAGACGCCCUCCACAUCAUAAUCACCCCAUAAUUCUAGGUAACCUACGCAUUGGGUGUAGCGCUACACAUCAGAUUGGCUCUCGGUAUAAAUCACUAUGGAAUUACUACAAGACUGACUCCUCUUCUGCCAGACGGUGCCGACAAUAGAGUAUUUUCUUAUGCUGGUUAAAUGCCAUACUUAUGUAUAUAAUGCCCCCCCCCCCCCUUAUAUAAGAGAAAACAGCCAAGGGUUCACUGAUCUCGCUGCUGCUCUAUGGUCUGCCCAAAAUCAUUUCAGUUCCUUAUUCGGAAACGGUUUAGCUUCUUGGGCAGAUUUGGCAGCCUUAAAGGGCAUCUGUCAGCAGAUUUGCACCUAGGAGACUGACCUGUUACAUGUGCGUUUGGCAGCUGAAGGCAUCUGUGUUGGUCCCAUCUUCAUAUUUGCCUGCGUUGCUGAGAAAAAUGAUGCUUUGUUAUAUGAAAAUGAGUCUCUAGGAGCAACGGGGGCGUUGCCGUUACACCUAGAGGCUCCGCGCUCUCUACGACGGCCGCGCCUGAUGUUUUCACUGCCACAAUGAUAGUGGAGAGAGCGCAGCUGGUGCCCGGAGAUCUAAGCCUUUAGGUGUAACGGUAACGCGCCUGGUGCUCCUAGAGGCUGAUUUGCAUACAUUAAAACACCAUUUUUCUCAGCAAUGCGGGCGCAUAUGAACAUGGGACCAACACAGAUGCCCUCAGCUCCCAAGCGCGCAUAUAACAGGUCAGCCAGUGUCAUAGGUACAAAUCUGCUGACAGAUGCCCUUUAAUGUAAGAAUACGUUGUAGUAAGGAGGAGGGGUGAAACUUCUAUGAAAGGAACGAAUUUUGGCUUGCUGACUGUUUUCAAUCCAGAGGCCUCCUCUGGGUGUAUGACUUGUAUCCAGAGAUUAUUUCUAGAACUUGCGUUCUGUCGUUGGUUAACUGUACCAUAUAAUCCCGUUAUUUCCAUGGUACUUUGGUAUGUCUAUAAUGGGCCUUUCUCAGAUUCACUGUGUGUUUAGGAGAAGCGGACCCCAUAACUCGUGAGUAGCCGCUUUUCUUGCCAGAGUAGAAGAAGUUCAGGUUGCCUCAUACAACUUCCUAAUCCGGACGGGGGAACACCAACCUAUCCAGACUAAGGCCCCUUUCAGACGAGCGCGUGUCUCACUGCGCCGGGCCUGACCUCCCAGCACUGCCGG